GAAAUAGUUUGCUCUUAAUAUAUGAGACAUACUUUAAAGUGUAGUUCAGUGUAAUCAGCUGUUUGGUUGCUAUCGGUAAAAGUCUUAUCGAUAAUUGUGUGUAGCUUGGCAUUUGAUUUGGCAGUUCAAUUUUUAAAUAUUUGCAGGUUUAUUACUGAAAAUGUCGCCACCAUCUGGUGAAUUCCGUUGCCGAGUUUGCCUUAAACAGGAUGAACUCCUGGUGGAUAUUUAUGAGAUCGUAGAAGAGAUGCAGGUAGACCUGUGCACCUUGUUGGAAACGUGUGGCGGCAUAAAGGUAGACCGCAGAAAUGUACAGCCAAUGUAUUUAUGCCAGGAGUGCACCAACGAGCUUCUCAUCGCCGCAAAGUUUCGCAAAAAGUGCGAGGAUUCGGAGAAGUUGCGCGAUAUGGCUCGCGAGAUAAGCAUGGACACGGCAGAACGCCUAGCUUCGGAGGAAAUAAUUAUUAUUGAUCCCAGCGACUAUAUUGAACAGUUCUUCGCUGUGGAGGAUCCCGAAAAUGAACCUAUUGGAGUUGCACGCUGGAACUGCCAGCAUUGUGGCGCUGGUUUCCAGCAAUCGGAAGCACUGCGUCGGCACAUCCAAAAAGUCCAUGCUUCAAUAACUAUUAUUGACUGUAGGGAUUGCAGGCGGAUCUUUACGAAAGUGGGUUGCUACCAGGUCCACAAUUGCUCUCAUGCCAAGUCACUCAAACGUAAGCACAAGUGCCUGGAGUGCGGUAAGUGCCUUCAAUCCGCCUCUAGUCUGGCAAGCCACAUUCGCCUGCACACCGACGAAAGGGCCUUCACCUGCGAUCAGUGCGCCAAGGCCUUCAGGACCAAUGGAGCAUUGCAGGCUCAUCUGAGGCGCCACAAGCAGGUCAUGCAGCACAAGUGUCCGCACUGCGGACGUGGAUUUGUAGAAUCCAGCAACCUGCGACGCCAUAUAGUUGCCAGGCACACGGAGGAACGUCCGCAUCUUUGCAACUUCUGUCAGCGCAGUUUCUCCAGGGUCUACAUGCUGGAGCUGCAUCUUCGUACACACACUGGCGAAAGACCCUACGCCUGCCAGCAUUGUGAAAAACGUUUUGCCCAGCUGGGAGUCCUCAAGAGUCACGAGCGGAUCCAUACCGGUGAACGCCUGCACCGCUGCCAAGUGUGCGAAAAAACUUUUACGCGGGCGGGACAGCUCCGAAAGCACGCGUUGCGUCAUGAAACCGGACAGUGAUAAGUUGCAGAUCGCCGCUUUGGGCCAAUGAACUCUGAUCGCGGUCAAGGUAACAGAUAUCAGCAGCCCUAUCAGUGACUUCGGCAGCUUCUUUCAAUGCCAAGGUGAGGCUUACAGCCCACAGCGAUUUGUUUUGCAAAGUCCAAGGCUCUUCUUACAUCGGAUAAAGAUCAGGACAACGACUGCUACAGUGGCUAUCACUAAGUUGCCUUCCUGCUUAAAUGAAAUUUCGCAGAGCAGCUGUAUGAAAAUCAGUUAUGCUUAAGAAAUCCUAAGCCCAGAAAGAAAGAA